UUGCACACAAGUACUGUACUCCACUCUGCUUUCUAGCCACUAAGUAGUGCUUGUAACUUGCUCUAUCUGCUUAUAUUCACAUUGCCGCUCAUUCACAAAGACCUAGGAUACUUUCUUUAGCAGAAGCAAGCAAGGGUUACAGAAUAAGAAGUAUGCGAAGCUCGGAAGGAGAUAACAUGUUUGAAGGAAUCGUACGGCAGAUAGAUUUGCUCUCAAAUUCCAAAUCAUACAGGGGGAAUACUCAUAAAGACCCAAUAUCAAUAAUACAGCAUUAGACCACUGCAGAUCCUCAGGCGAAGGACUCCCAGCGCACCAUCACGGGCUAUUUGAGUCGCAAUUUUACAGUCAGGGGGCGGGAAUGUUUCAAUGUGGUCCGCGUGACCACUGGGCAGGCGACAACUUCUUGGUCAAUUGUCGUUAUCUUGAUCAAGUCGCGCUUGAUAGGACUCUUACGGUUUGACUACUGUUUGGUCCUAACAGCAUCAGCAUCUUCCACAAGAUCGAUCGACAUUGGGUAUUAACAUGUGGAUUUUCCGGCUGAUGUGCUUAAGUAGGAAACCCAUUGAGAAACUUGCCGUCUGAUGUAGGUUGGGGAUCCACAAGACAUAUCGCUUGUGCUCUGUGCUCUCUUAGCCUUGCGAUCUAAAUAUGGCUGCCUGUGGACCUAUUUCACGGCAGGUUCACCUCUAAACCACUUUACCCGUCGUAUCAUCUCUCGACCAACAUGAAGUUCUCGCCCUCUACUGGAGCCCUCACCGUUGCAUCUCUUGCAGGAUCGGCACUGGCUGGCACUUACAACGUUGCCGACAACAUUGUUGGCAAUGGCUUCUACAAUUCGUUCGGCUUUGAGGCCAUCGCUGAUCCUACCGCCGGACGCGUCAACUACGUCGAUCUGGCUACUGCUCAGAGCUUGAACUUGACCUACACCAAUGGCAAUUCUUUCGUCAUACGAGCAGAUGAUACCACUGUAUUGACUGCGAGCGGCCCUGGAAGGAACUCCGUCCGAGUGAAGUCUAACACUGCGUACACUACCCACGCCGCUAUCUUCGGCAUUGCUCACAUGCCCGAAGGUUGUGGAUCUUGGCCCGCUGUCUGGGAAACGAACGAAAGCAACUGGCCUGCUGGUGGCGAGGUUGAUAUUGUCGAGGGUGUUAACAACGUCGCUCCCAACCAGGCCACCCUUCACACUAGCCCCGGAUGCACAAUUCCUUCUUCCGGAGGCAUGCUCGGUACUGUUGUGUCCACUAACUGUGACUCCAAUGCCAACGGCUGUAGCAUCCAACUUACCGAAGAUAACAACAGUUUUGGACCUGGUUUCAACGGCGUUGGUGGUGGAUGGUAUGCCGUUGAACGUACCAACAGCGCCAUUAGCGUGUGGUUCUGGGAACGGGGUUCCACUUCUGUUCCUUCUCAAGUGAGCAGUGGUGCUUCUUCGAUCGACACCUCCACCUGGGGUACACCCGAUGCUUACUUCCCCAGCACAAGCUGUGACAUCUCGACCAUGUUCGAUGCCAACAACAUCAUCAUCAAUUUGACGUUCUGCGGUUCCUGGGCAGGUAAAGCCGCAACGUACUCUGCAUCCGGUUGUCCCUCCGACUGCAUUAGCUACGUCAACGCCAACCCUUCCGCUUUCACCAACGCAUACUUCGAGUUCAACGCUAUCAACGUCUACACUUAAACGUCACACGCAAUAUGUUUACCAGCGUAAAAAAAAAUCCCGUCAUUCUCGGGCGGGGAGGUUUAUAUCAAAUAUAUAUUUAAUUGUAUGUCGAGGGUUGCUCAUGUGCCAUAUAUUUUACUGGUAUCCAUGUUUUAUAUGAUAUUCUCUGACAAAAA